AUGGUUGAAGAGCUUUUGGAUGGAUCUCUCAUGCUCUUGGAUACAAAGGAAUGCACACAAGAGCUUCAAUCAAUUUUACGCAGAAGACGUGGAGCCGAAGGGCUUGCUAAUGAGCUUAGGAAAUACUUGACAUCUAGGAAAGCCAUGAAAAAGGCAAUCUGCAAGGCCUUAAAGAACUUGAAGCAUAUACAGAAUAAACUCAGUACUCCUGGUGAGAAUGGAGCUGUGAUUAGCGUCUUAAGAGAUGUAGAAGCAGUUACCAUCAGCGUGCUAGAAUCCGUAUUGUCCUUUAUUUCAGGGCCAGAGGCAGAAUCAAAAUCGAGCCGUUGGUCGCUGGUUUUGAAGCUAAUGCACCAGAAGAAAGUAAUGUGCGAGGAAGAACAGAAAGCAAAUAAAUUUUUGAGUGCUGAAGCUGCAGUGCGUUCCUGCAUCAAAUCCGAAAACAUGAAGCAUGUCGAGAACGUGCAAAAGGAGCUUCAAAGCUCAGAGUUGAGCAUCCAAGAUCUUGAAGAAGGCCUUGAAACCCUCUCCAGGCAUAUGAUAAAAACUAGAGUUACUGUUCUUAAUAUCAUCAGCUGUUAA